AAUAAAAACAAACACAUUAAUAACCCAACUCCGUUAGUUUAGGUAGUUUGUGGCAGUGAGGAUGAUUGAGUUACAAUUACAACAGUGUUGUCCUGCUCUGAGUUUGGCGUUCCCAACUAUAAACAAAGUAGCACCAUAUACAAGUAGAGCUACAAUUAGAGGUCAUAAAGUAUGUUUAAACAAAAAUGUAUUAUCUAUUCCAAAGUCAAAUUCGAGGCUCACCACAUUCUGCUCUGCACUUGCCUCCCAAGAAUCUAAGUCUGAGUCUCCUGUGAAAGAGAGAAGCGUUUCCGUUGUCCUGCUCGCAGGAGGGAAAGGCAAAAGGAUGGGAGCUAACAUGCCAAAGCAAUAUCUUCCUCUCUUGGGUCAACCAAUUGCAUUAUAUAGUUUCUACACUUUUACUCAAAUGCUUGAAGUCAAAGAAAUCGUUGUUGUCUGCGAUCCGUCAUACAAGGACGUUUUUGAAGAUGUAAAAGGAAAUAGCCAAGUACAACUCAAAUUUGCACUGCCUGGAAAAGAAAGGCAGGAUUCUGUUUACAAUGGCCUUCAGGCUGUUGAUUCUAACUCUGAACUUGUUUGCGUUCAUGAUUCUGCAAGACCUUUGGUGUUACAAGGAGAUGUGCAAAAGGUCCUUAAAGAUGGAUUGUUGAACGGAGCUGCUGUUCUUGGUGUUCCUGUAAAGGCCACAAUCAAAGAGGCAAAUACUGAAUCAUUUGUGGUUAGAACAUUGGACAGAAAAACGCUAUGGGAGAUGCAGACUCCACAGGUCAUCAAACCCAAUUUGCUGAGGGAAGGCUUUGAGCUUGUAAAUAGAGAAGGUCUUGAAGUUACUGACGAUGUGUCUAUUGUGGAGCACCUUAAACAUCCUGUUUAUAUCACCGAAGGAUCUUAUACCAACAUCAAGGUGACUACACCUGAUGAUUUAUUACUGGCAGAGAGAAUAUUGAAUAUAAAUUCUGGGGAAAGUUCUUAAUAAAGUUUUGCCAAUCUCACAGUUGAAGGGAAAUCGUUAUUAAACAUUUUUUCUUCAAUAGAUUAUUAUUUUUUGCCCUGCAACAAUGCAACAUGGUGUCUGGCAGCUCAAACUGUAUACAAGUUUUUUAGUUAACUCUGUAACUUAUUGAGAUUUGUGUAAAAACACAUGGCUCUUGCUUAAACCAAGGGAAGUGUUUCCGCAUGGUAGGAGAAACCUACUUUCAUUACUAGAGCCGCAUGCAAUUUGAUGGUAUUAAAGAAUCUUUAACCAAGUUUGGCAAACAUAAUAAAGGUCUCGAUUUUCAAA